GGCCAAUAUAACAUGGGGAUAGUUUCCAGAAAAUUCUCUAGACACGGUUUUUUCGCUCUCUGAUAAAGCGAAGAGAACUUGGCUAUUGUAGCAUGGAUAGCGACAGUUUGGUGUGUUAUAAUCGCGGUUGUGGAAAAAGAUUCAAAGAAGAUGAAAACGUAGAGGGAAGCUGUCAGUAUCAUCCUGGUGCUCCAGUUUUCCAUGAAGGUUAUAAGAGCUGGGGAUGUUGUAAAAAGAAGAGUACAGAUUUUACAGAGUUCCUUAACAUGCCAGGUUGCACCAAAGGAUUUCAUAAUAAAGACAAACCUGAGCAACCUGUGAAAAAAGUUGAUGCUCCAUUAGAGGUUGGAGAGGUUAUAGAGCAUGGAACAAAACAAAUGCAACAAAGUAGAACAACAAUGAGUGAAGAAAGGCCAAGUGAUGAUUUACCAAGGAUAAGACUUAAGGCAAUUGUCAGCUCAUCACUCAAAUCGGCUUUGCAGAGGUACCAUGAACAGCAGCAACAGAGGAAGGAGCAAUUAGGCAACGAAAAUAAUGAAGAUGCUGUUCUGCCUGGCGCAUCAUGUAAACAUAAUGGCUGUAAUAUGACGUUUGUUGAUGAAACUAGUAACAAGGAACUUUGUGAAUAUCAUCCUGGUUUUCCUAUAUUUCACGAAGGAUAUAAAUAUUGGACAUGUUGCAAGAAAAGAACUUCCGAUUUUUCCGAGUUUCUCAAGCAAGUUGGAUGCAAAAAAGGCUCGCAUGAAUGGAUGAAACCUAGUGAGGAAGCCCAAAAGAAGUCAGCCUGCAGAUAUGACUGGCAUCAGACAGGUCCCUUUGUUUAUAUUUCGAUCUAUGCAAAAACGACCGAUCCUGAAAAAAGUUACAUCGAAGUCAAUCCAACCAAGCUACACGCAUUCAUCGCAUUUAAUGGCGGUACAAAUAUCUUCGAAUUAGAGCUGACUUUAAAUGGGGUAAUUGAACCUGAAGCUAGCAAAGUCGAAUUUCUUGGAACAAAAGUUGAAAUAAAGUUAAAGAAAAAGAGUGCCUUUGCCUGGAGGGAUCUGGAAUACAAGUCAAGAGACGUAAAUAAAUCCUGAUAUCUGAGACUUAUAUCUAGUGUCCCUGUUUGCUCAGUACGAGAAAGGAUAGAAGCCAUUUUUCA